UUAGAUAUUUUGUAGCAAAUCUUGACUUGAAUGCCAAUUAUACUAAUUUUAUUGCCGAAGAACGAGGAGUUAUCUGGUUGGAUUGUCAGGCGGGAGGAGGAAAUGAUCAUCAUUGGCGAACCCUCGAAGAUUUGCAAAGCGAAUUUGGAAAAGUUGUUCAUUUAAAAUAUGUUUGGUGGUUUGACGUUUCGUCGACUCUAAAAUCUGUUCUGCCCGGUACAUAUGAGGUCGUAUGGAGAUUAAAAAUUGAUUCUUCCUCGUACCUCCAAGGUUUAAAUUUCAGUACAACUCAAGUGGAUGAAAAUGAUGCCGAUCAUGAACAAAGCUAUAACCAUAUUCCGCAAUCUACAACGUACGCCAAUAUCGCCCGCAGAAAUGAAUGGGUCGAAUACUGUCUACCUUAUAGAAUUGUUGUACCAAAGCGAAGAAUAGUAGAUGGUAAAAUGACAUACCAUGACAUUCAUAUUAAGAUUUAUAAUCAUGAUGGAAGACUAAAGUCUGGCUUGUGGAUUGACUAUAUUAGACUGAGAGAACAUAACGAGAAUAAAGUCUAUGGACAGUUUAAUGACAACAGUAUUGAUGAUAACACUUUUAAUUAUAAUAGCGUUGAUAAUGAAUCUGCAGAGUUUAUUAGUUAUACAUCUAAUUCAACUACCAAUCAUUUGGAAAGUGCUGCAGAUUUGUUAAUUAUCAACUCUAAUGAAUUAAUUUCAAGGAAUUCAGAUAGUUAA